AAAUGUCGGAGAAAAGAUUUGAGAAUCAAGAAGACGGAUACGGGUUUGUGCGACCUAAUGAUUUUGAUCAUACUGUUUACAAUGAAUUUACUUCGUCUUACCUUCCUGUGUUGACAAGAAGAGCUAGUAGGUGGCAGCAAGUAGUCGGAAACAAGGCAACUGUCACCAAAUCAGCAACAGUAAAACGAUUUUGUAGGAAAGGUAUUCCAUCGGCUGAACGUCCCACAGCAUGGCUGCAUCUUAGUGGAGCCUAUGACAGGAUGAAGAGCAAUCCUCAUCUAUUUCAACAAAUGCUCGAUAUGGAACAUAAUAAAGAACUUGUGGAUACCAUCAACAUGGAUAUACAUAGAACAUUCCCUGACAAUAAGCAUUUUGCGGACACUCGAGCUGCUACAAAUUUGAGAAAGCCUUUAUUCAAUAUUUUGAUAGCUAUAGGACACAGAAACAGGACAAUAGGUUACUGUCAGGGGAUGAAUUUUGUGGUGGGCUUGUUGCUGCUUGUUAUGAAAAGUGAGGACAAUUAUGAAGAAAAAGUUUUCUGGCUUAUGGAUACAUUAAUCAACAAUAUUUUACCAGAUUAUUAUCACCCUGACAUGCAUGCUGUCAAACUUGACCAGGAAGUUCUUGGUGAACUUGUCAGAUGGAAAGCACCAGAUAUUUACCAUCAUCUUGAAACACAAGGUUUAUCAUGGUGCCUUAUUGGAAUGAAAUGGUUUAUCUGUCUAUUUGCUGAUGUCUUACCAGUAGACACCGUCUUGCGUAUUUGGGACUGCCUCUUUUAUGAAGGGCCAAAGAUUUUGAUGCGAGCGUCUCUAGUCAUUGUUCUCAAUAACAAAGAUAGAAUUUUAAAGACUACAGAUUUUAGUCAGGUUACAGACUUGUUCAAGGAAACUGUUGUGGGUCAGGAAAGUCUUCACUGCCAUCAAUUUUUAAAUAGUAUGUUUAAAAGUAUUGGAUCUUUACCAACAGCUAGAAUAAAUAAGAUAAGACGUCUUUGUGAAAGCAAGGUUUCAUAACUUGAACACUGAAGGGUUCAGGCUGUAAAAUAGCUGUGGUUAAAGGGAAAUAUAGUUAAUGAUGUUUAUCUGUCAGUGGUUUGCAAUUUAGAAUUGUUGAUUAAUUAUAUAGAAUAUUUUCUUGGUUUAGGUGUCAAUAAUUUAGAUAGACCUUUUCAUUUGAAUAUACUAAUGGCUAUACAUGUCUGUAUACUAAAAGGGUAUUUUUUCAGGUAACACCCAGUCAAUUAGAUUAUUUUCUUAAUUUUGUGAUUCAUAGAUUAAAUAUGUAUUUCACCACUUUGUCACAAUAAUAUAUUUUUCAAACUUCUGUAAAUCAAUAUGUUCUAAAUUUGGUUGCAUGAAGUCAUUGUUAAAAAUAUUAUCUGAUUUCACCGUUUUCAGUGUACUUGUAUUGUAUUCAGAUAAUCAUGUGAGCUCUCAAAUUUCAUUUAAUCUGUUUACUAGAUACUAUAUACCAGUACAAUGUCUUUUCCAUGAGUCAUUUUAUCUUAACAAAGAACUUUUUCUGUAACUUAAAAAAAAAUCAAGGGAAACCAACCUAUUAGCUAUUACCUCCCUUUUAUACUAAGGUAAAGUUUUAAACUAUUUUUUUACAGCAAAACAAUUUCUUUUCUCAUCCUUUCAAGUUCUAUCAAUGUGAUUAUCUGAACUUUUUAAUUGCUCACCUUAAUUUUAUUUAGUGUAAGUAUUGGAAAUGAAGUAUUUCAAUUUGGCCUCCCAGUAUGUUGAUUCUUUUUUUUUGACACUCAGGGGUUUAUUUAUUUAUAGUGAUGAUCACAGAGUUGUUUGCUAUAUUUUUGUUUUGCUUAAUUUAUGUGUAACAUGAUAAUUAUGUGCUUUAUGAUCAAUGUGUUUAUUUUGUAUUUUUGCUGUCAGAUGUUUUUGGCAAGUAUACUCAUCUUUGUUUUACAGAUAUUCAUACUGAAACACUUUAUAGUUACAAAUAAUUAACGUUACUUUGUGACCCCCAAAUCAUUCUUAAUACUCUUUUUUUUUAAAAAGCAAGUAUACUUAAAUACUGUAAGUGAGUAAGAGUAUAUUGUAACAAGUAAAGGUUUGUAGGUAUUUUUAAUUGAUUUUUAUUAUGUAAUAUUAAAUUUGUUUGCUUGCACAUUGUAUGUGUUGGGUAAUAUUAAUUAAUAUAAAUUAUAGGGAUACGUUGACAAACAGGUGUAAAUGUGAUGUAAAAAUAUGACUUGAUUUAUUCAUAUACAUGCACACUCGCAUCACAUGAAUAUAUAUAUAUGGAAGUCAUCCUAAUUAAUAUUGUAAUACCUCUGUAUUAACUAGUUCAUUUAUCAUGUGUCAAGUUUUAAUUUUUUUGUCAUGUGUCAAGAUUUAAUUUUAUCAGUAUCAGUAUAUGUUGUGUUUGUUUUGCUUUUUAAAGUUGUGAUUCCAGUAUUUUAAUUAUUUUGUUUUUACAUUUUUAUUAAGCUUGUAUGAACAUAUCUGUCAUAUUUUUUUAAAAUUAUUGUUUUAGUCCCUAAACAUAUCAAAAUAAUUUAAUACUCAUAUUUUUGCAUAAUCUUCUUAUCAUUUUUUUUGUUUGCUCCUAUAUAAAAAUUGCUGUAAAACAUA